UUACCACGCGGGCUGGUUCCAUACGACUCAGAACAGAGAAUCGUGGCAGGAUUUGGUAGAGGUCUUUGCCCAGAAGUGAGACACAGCGGGCUAGACAAAAAAAAAUUAACAAAUCCCUUUUCAGUUUCAGCUACAUUCGAAAAUCCGGAACUCCAGAAAAUUUACAAUCAAUCAAUUUUCCACGACCUAUCUUGGAACAUCAAAUUACUGCUUUUCAAAGAAGUUUUCAAUGCUGAAGGGAAUCCAAGUACUGGAGACUUGGGUCCAGAAGCUGUGCCUCAAAGAAGGGUACCAAGUAUCGAGUCUUUAGUCCAAAGACGACAGGACGACGACACAAGAGACCCAGGGGAAGAUGACAACAACAUGAGAUUAAAACUAUUCCGACUUAUGUACGAGACAGUUCGGGACAGCGACCUGAAAUGCAAAAGAGCUGAGUUAAUCAGAACUCAUUAUGAAAACUCAACGACUUUCGAAAUAGGAUACUUAAUGGGGGAUGUUAUGGACAAAUUUAAUAUUAUGUCGGACAUAACUAUGACACUGAAACGUUUAUUUCGAGAGUGGAAACCAAUUGAACACAUCAAUGCUUAUGAACAAAUUGCUAAUCAAGCGAUUGAAAUUAAUCAUUUGAUUGAUAUAAUGAGGGGUAUGAAUAAAAAGAAUGAAACUUCUACGCCGCCCCCGAAGGGAUAAAGUUUAAGUGUUUUCUGUCUAAUUAACAUCGCCUCUUAAGGAUUACAAUAUAUUCCACAACUUUCACACAACGCCAUCUAGUCUCAAACUAAG